GGUUUUCACGCCUUACGCAACCCCUCUCCCUUUUCACUUUCUCUCAACUCGUCACCAUGACCGCUGUGGAGUCUGGCUCGAAGGUUCUCCGGAUGAAGGAGAGCGACGCGCAGAAGCUGCUCGCGAUGCGCUGCCACAUCGGCACUCGCAACCAGAGCAGCGCGAUGAAGAAGUACAUCUUCGGCCGCACGCCGGAGGGCAGCAACAUCAUCGACAUGCACAUGACGUGGGAGAAGCUUGUGCUGGCUGCGCGCGUGAUCGCGGCGGUGGAGAACCCGAAGGACGUGUGCGUGUGCUCGUCGCGGCUGUACGGCACGCGCGCCAUCUACAAGUUCUCGCAGCACGUGGGCACGAGCUUCCACGGCGGCCGCUUCAUCCCCGGUACGUUCACGAACCAGAUCCAGAAGAAGUUCAUGCAGCCGCGCGUGCUGAUCGUGACGGACCCGCGCACGGACCACCAGGCCAUCCGCGAGGCUGCGCUUGUGAACAUGCCGGUGAUUGCGCUGUGCGACACGGACGCGCCGCUGGAGUUCGUGGACAUUGCGAUCCCGUGCAACAACCGCGGCAUCAAGUCGAUCGGCAUGAUGUACUGGCUGCUUGCGCGCGAGGUGCUGCGCCUGCGCGGCACGAUCGUGCGGUCCGUGCCGUGGGAGGAGAAGGUGGACCUGUUCUUCUACCGCGACCCCAACGAGGCGGCGGAGGAGAAGGCUGCUGCUGCGGCGCCCGCUGCGGAGGCGGAUGAGGGCUUCGGCUGGGUGGAGCGCGCCGACGACAACGCGUGGGAGGCGUAAGGCCCACCCCGCACGGCUGCUGCCGCUUCUCCGUUGCAGCGAGUGCACACGUUAAGCGUUCCGUCAGCUGUUUCUUCCCACGCUACGACACUGCUCUCCUCUCUCUCUUCUCCUUGUACCACACUCAGACAAACAAUGUCACGUCCCUAACACAGCUCUUCCAAACGUGUUCGAUGAGGGAAUCGACUCUCUAACAACGCUAGCACAGGUUGACUGUGACAGUCUUUGCACACGAUUCGUGAUUGCUUCUUUUUUUCCCCUUUGAUCAAAUGGAGGGAAGUAGCAACGCCUUCGCGCUCUGAUGUGGUAGUUGCGAGCACGGAUCUGUGUGGGGCUUAUGCAGUGGAGCGGUAAAAUGCGUUGCGCAAUUGUGUUGAGUGAAACACCAGUUCUGUUCUUCCUACUUUUAAUUCAUUUUCUGUUACCAGACAAAAGAAAG